ACACGCGACGGGCGGCCCCAAACAUGUCGAUGGCGCCAAGGCCCGGCCACAAGACGCAUAGAUGCAUGCAUUCGCAACAUGUUGGCUGUAUUACCUACAGUGCCUACUGCACCCUCUAAAACAACCCCCAUCCAUCCACCCAUCCACCUUUGCCGUCUUAUGUUGCUUUUUCCCCCUUCUUCCUUUGCCCUGUUCUUCACUACUUCUUCCUCGCUUCGCAUCUUGCCCAUCUGAUCUUGCAUCGGCACUUUUUUUUGGCUGCGACGCCAGAUAUUAUCCAGCCCGCACCGCCGGCAAACAAGCCCACACCCCAAAGCUCCUUCCCUCGACGUUCCAACCGUGCGGCGGCAGCUUCCUUUUCCGACCAGAGAAGGGCAGCAGCAGCACCAGCUUGGACCCACUGCCGGCUGCUUCCUUCCCACUGGCACCUCCAUCGCCGCCCGCCAGCCAGCCAGUCUGCCCCCAACACAGCGCUCUUCUGGAACAUCACACUGUCCGUUGCCUGACUUGCUCUUUUACCCCCUAAACCCCCCCAGCCUGCAACGCCUGCAACGCCCGCCAGUCCAACGCUCCUCCUCCUCCUCCUCCUCCUCCUCCUCAACUAACCAACCUCCGCCUGCCUCCAAACCUCCCUCGCAAGUGGCGACGCGACACCUUCUUCUGCUGCUGCCACUUGCCCGCCCCGUCGCCGCCAACUCCACGCUACCAUCCCAACUAGCUGCCUAGCCACUGCUCACGUAAAGGCGACCAUCCGAUUCGAGUCUACCCGAAUGCUCUCCGCUCUUGCAUCCUUCCAUGCGCCCAGUGCUAUGUCCUGCUUAAUCCUCAACUCCACACCCUAAGAUCCAGCCUCUUGCACUACAUAUAUCCUAUACAACCUCAUCAUAACCACCACCACCACCCCGCCACUCAUUGCGACCGUCGGCCACCUGGAGUGGGGUACUGUCCGCUGCCCACGGCAUCCUCGCUGACCUUCGCCCACCACCACUCACUUGCUUCUUGCGCCUGCUUGCUUGCUUGCCAGCUUGCCUACCCAUCCACCGCCCGUCACGCAGUCAUGGCCUCAGUCGCCGAAGCUCGUCGCAGUCCUUUCGCCGCCGAUCCUCAUCACCAGGGCCUUCACAAAUCCAUUCCCAUUCUACCUUCGUCAGCCUCAUCCAACCUCACGCCGCCCCGAGAUCCAAUGGAUAUUUCCCACCCUACCGUUCCCAUCAUGGGCCCGCCCGUCAUCAACAGCCCCGCAAACGAGCGCAACGGCUUGAAUAACGACCAAUCUGGAAACGGAGAAGCGGAUAACAGGGGCCCAAUUGCCAAUGGCACGUCCAAUGCGCCCGUUGCGCCUGUGGGUGCUGCCGCCGCCGCCCAGCAGCCCAAGGUCGUCCAGACGGCCUUCAUUCACAAAUUGUACAACAUGUUGGAAGAUCAGAAUAUACAACAUCUCAUUUCAUGGUCGAGUACCAACGAGAGUUUUGUCAUGUCCCCUUCGAGCGAAUUCUCCAAAGUGCUGUCCUCCUACUUCAAACACACCAACAUCUCAUCCUUUGUCCGCCAAUUGAACAUGUAUGGCUUCCACAAAGUGAGCGACGUUUUUCAUACCGCAUCACCUGACUCGCCCUUGUGGGAAUUCAAGCAUGGGAACGGCAGUUUCAAGCGGGGUGAUCUCGUGGGCUUGCGAGAAAUCAAGCGCCGGGCGUCCAGGCAUGCCCUCAUCCAUCGAGAUUCCUUUUCGACGCCCAAGGUUCCCACCGGUCCGCCUGCUGGAGCGCCUGUAGAGCCGAUGCCUGACCCUGUCGAAUCACGACUUAGUGUCCUGGAGCAUAGUUUGUAUGAUAUGCAUGCCCGCAUGCAAAGGUCCGAGGACGGAUGUGCCUACCUCAAUCAAAGAAAUCUGCUUCUCAUGGAGGGCAUCACUCGAUGUCACCAGUGGAAUCACGAGCUCACAAAUUACAUCCUGACCCUGGUCCCAGACCCCGAAACGCAGAUCCACAAGGAUGUCUCCGCAAUGCAACGAGAUAUUGCGCGCCAGACCGAGAUGCUGCGCGGGAUCGAGGCUUCAGAGGAGCCCAUGUCCGCUCGACAGCCCUUCUUCAUGCAGGUAGACCAUGUAAACCAACCCCCGCUUUCCCCGCGACAAAUGCCACAAGACAACGGAUCCGAAUCGCGUCGAGGGUCGUUGGCUGGCGUGCUGCCUCGCCAAGGUCAAUUUAAAGCUCCGGUUCCGGCCCAUAUUGCGAUUUCUCCGCGACGUUACGGCUCAAUAGGUACGGGUAAUUACUCCCCAUCUUCAGCCAGAACCCCAGUGAGCCACCAGCCACCCCCACCGCCUCCUCCGCCCGCUGUCCAGCAUCCCGGUGGAACGUUAGGUAGCAAUUUAGGACCCAAUGCAUCAUCCCCACCCUAUAACCUCUAUAGGCGACAUACCUCGGCAGAUAUACGCACACACGGAUGGCAACCGCAACCACCCGCACAAUCCCCUUAUGCAUCUGGCCAAAAUUCAACUCAAUGGCCGUCUUCUCCCCAUCGACCGCCUAUCGGAGGAGGUGACCAACAGCUCCGUGAUGCUUUGGAAUCAUACCAGCUUCCCCGCGGUCCUCGUCAACAGUCUUCUCGGCAGAACACUCCACCUCUGACGAGUGAUACCACGCCUUCCAACUUGAGUGCGGACAGCGGCUGGUCUCUUCCUGGCGCUCGCUACCCUUUCAAGGGUAUAGAUACACCUGGCCCACCUACGCGCCGCUCCAGCAUGGCUUCCAACGUGCAUUCGCUUCUCAAUCCUGCUGACACUCAAGAGCGGGCUGACGAAGACGACCCGGAUGAUGCACGCAAGAGGAAGCGCAUGCUUUGA